AAGAAAGCCCAAUUUGAAUAAAUUGUAUGAAAUCACGGUCACAUUGAUUAGUUUCGUUUAGAUUCUUGAUCAUAAUGCUUCGUGAACUGUCCAUUAUAUUACUGUACAUGGUGAUUGCCGAGUGCGCCACUAUUGAAUAUAGCCUCAAGCGCCAAGCAAUCUUGGAGGCGGAAAAGCGACACGCAACGGGUGGGAAUGCGUUUCUCACCGCGAAAGAGGCACUAGCGGAUGAGAUACUGAUCAAUUUGAAGCAACAAUUGUCCGUUGAUGCAACUAACAAUCCGGAUACGUACGCCCCGGCGAUGCACUUUUUCCGCGCCAAACCACUGAUCGAAGCGAGUGCGGUGUUCAAAAUUUUGAAAGCCAUGCCCAAGGGUUCGGUAUUGCAUCUGCACAAUGUGGCGGCCGUCAGCUCGGAGUGGAUCGUCAAAAACCUAACGUACCGCCCGGAGGCGAAGCUUUGCGAAAUGAACGGGAGCUACGUUUUUACAACCAGCAUUUCAAAGCUCUGUCCGGAAAGUGCGAUUCGUGACAUCCAGAAAAUGCGAGCCCAAAAUGGCACAACGGAACAGUUCGAUUUGUGGCUGGAAUCGAUGAUAAACCUCAGACUGCGCGGACCAGAGCUGAUGACGGCGGAUCUGAACCAAAUCUGGAACGAGUUCGAGCGAAUGUUCACCAUGGUAAGGGAUUUGAUUUCGUACAAACCGAUUUUCGAAGCGUUCCAUACGCGGCUGCUGGAAGAGUUCUACGAGGAUAAUGUGUUCUAUAUCGAGCUGCGAAUGUCGCUGUCGAAAAUUUAUGACGCCAGCAAUCGGGUCUACGGUGAGAUGGAGGUUGCUAAAAUUGUACAGCAGCUGGUGGAUACGUUUUGCUCGGCCAAUCCGGAUUUUAUUGGUGUGAAGGUAAUAUUUUCGAAGCAUCGAGGAAUAGACACAGGCACAGCACAGGAUCUACUGAAUUCGUUUGUUAAAUUGAACGCGGAGUUGCCAAACCUGGUUAUUGGUUUCGAUCUGGUGGGACAGGAAGACAUUAAUCAGCCCUUGACCAUUUUUCUGGAUGAAUUGCGCAAGUUUGAAGCCACCACUCCGUAUUUCUUCCAUGCUGGAGAAACCAAUGGAUACGGAAGCAAUGCUGAUCUUAACUUGAUCGACGCGGUUCUGCUCAACAGCCGUCGCAUCGGACAUGGUUAUUCGUUGUAUAAACAUCCAGUCCUAUGGAAGGCAGUUAAAAGUAAAGGAAUCGCUUUGGAAGUGUGCCCACUUUCGAAUCAAGUACUACGAUUGGUGACCGAUCUACGCAACCAUCCUGCAGUGUUCUUCGUGUCGGAAAGCAUUCCCAUCGUCAUUGCAUCCGACGAUCCCGGGUUUUGGGACAGCAAAGCUGUUUCAUUUGAUUAUUAUUAUGCCUUCAUGGCGAUGGCUCCUACUUCAGCGGGAAUCGGAUUUCUUAAACAGAUUGUAUGGGACUCAGUGAGGUAUAGUUCUCUAACAGCAAAAGAACGGCAACGAUUUUCGGAAAUACUGCAAACUAGAUGGGAUCUUUUUGUGGACGAUUUAUCUUCCGGAAGACUCACAGUUCCCAACUGUAUGUCGUUUAAGCACUCGGCCGCUUCUGCUGAAUGAAAAUUUUACAGCAUAUCGCAAUCUGAGUGUAGCACCUUCUAAAACCGUGCACUCCACGUUCCUAGUAUGAAUUAAUAAAGUAGUUGAAAAAGCACCAAAUAA